CGCCCGCGCCCUCGUCCUCAUCACUCGACGAAGACGACGAUGGCUCUCCUGGACUCGCUCGUUGCGCAAGAGGGCAGCGAGGGCGCGCUGUAUCCUCCCAUCAACUUCUCGAUGAUCCUGCCAGGCGUGUACCGGUCUGGGCACCCGCACAAGGCCAAUUUUGACUUCCUCGACUCGCUCCACCUGCGCAGCAUCAUGUACCUCUCGCCCGACGUCUAUCGACACGACACGCACUCGUGGGCGCAGGAGCGCGGGCUCAAGAUGUUUCACCUCCCGAUCGAGGUCAGCAAAGACCCGACCGUCGAAGUUGACGAGGCGCUCGUCAAGGAGGCGCUCGAGAACAUCUUGGAUUCUCGCAAUCUGCCAAUCCUCAUGCACGACAACAAGGGUCGACACGUCCCGUCGAUCCUCUCGGCCCUCUUGCGCCUCGCCACCGACUGGACGCUCGAGGCGGCGUACGGCGAGUACCGCGUCUUCUUGCCGCCCGAGGACGACUGGGUCCGAGAGAAGCCCGGCAAGUCGAAGAAGGAGAAAGAGAGGGUUGCCGAUCUGCAGCUCAUCGCCCGGUUCCCGCUCGACUCGCUCAAGUACGACCCGCAUCACGCGCCGACAUGGCUCGGUGCCGCCGGCGCAUGACGACCGAGCCCGCUAGCUCGACGAUCCAGGCCGAG